UGGUACACUCCGUGGCGGAUGAGUGCAGCUGAGUGGCGGGCGGCCGGCGGACAGUCUUCUGUCUUCUCCGCUCCUCCGCAGCAUCUCCGCACGCCGGCGAAACCUUUGCUCGCCAUGAGACCCACUUUGGCCGGACUCGUCAAGAUGAGCACCAUUUGUCGGAUGCUACUGGCCACGUGUUUGGGAUCCUUUCUUCUCGUCGUCUUUUAUUUCCAAAGUAUGUUCCAACCAGCCUCAGUCCUGCGCAGGAACCCCUUUGAGGUGGAAGAGUGCUGUGGGAAAGAAGUGCGCAGCACCCUGCAGGAGCUCUACUCCCCCUCACAGCCCGAGCAAUCGGGAACGGCCGUCCUCCACCAGACCAGACGGGACCAAGUAGCGGACACGUGCCGGGCCUAUAGCGCGUCGAGCCGUAAGCGCAGGGUCCUUACGGCGGGAGACCUCAGACAUCUGGUGGUGGAUGAAGACCAUGAGCUCAUCUACUGCUACGUGCCCAAAGUGGCCUGCACCAACUGGAAACGGGUCAUGAUGGUGCUCACUGGCCGGGGCAAGUACAGCGACCCAAUGGAGAUCCCGUCCAGUGAAGCCCAUGUCCCGUCCAACCUCAAGACUCUGAACCAGUACAGCAUCGCCGAAAUCAACCACCGCCUGAAGAACUAUCUGAAGUUCAUGUUCGUCCGGGAGCCCUUCGAGAGGCUGGUGUCGGCGUACCGCAACAAGUUCACCCUCAAGUACAACACGUCCUUUCACAAGCGCUUCGGCACCCGCAUCGUGCGGCGCUACCGCAAGAACGCCACGCAGGACGCCCUGCUCGGCGGCACCGACGUCACAUUCAAGGAGUUUGCCGAGUACCUGACGGACCCGGUUACUCUGCGCGACGGCCCGCUCAACGAGCACUGGCAGACCGUCUACCAGCUGUGCCACCCGUGUCACAUCCACUACGACCUGGUGGGCAAGUACGAGACGCUGGAGGAGGACGCCAACUACGUCCUGCGGCUGGCGGGCGUCGGCGACUCCUUGCGCUUCCCGAGCUACGCCAAGUCCACCCGCACCACCGACGCCAUGACGGCGCAGUUUUUCAGCAACAUCAGCACUCAGCAGCAGGUUGAACUCUACGAGCUUUACAAGCUGGACUUCCUCAUGUUCAACUACUCCACUCCUGGCUACCUCCGGCUCGACUGAUCCGAGGCCCCAGCUGGGACUCUUACAGGUUGGAGCCGCGGUCCGACUUUGGCGUCCAAUCACAUGCUGGAAGAAUGUGCGCUGCUUAGUAGGGGAAUGUUGAAGCCGGUCUUCAAGGGGUCUUCUCCCUGGUCUCUUCCGACUCAUUAGGAUGCUUGGCCUUGUGGAUCAGUAGAGGAACAUGCUAGAAACAUCUCAUCCAGCCGCCUGCGGCUCGGUGUCCCGGUGACGCCUUAACGUGGCGGCAUCCCGCCAUCCAGCGGGUGCGCGGCUUUCCAAGACACUGGAGCUCCUGGACUACGGACCACAUCCAACGAGAACCUUCUUUGUGCUUUUUCUAUUUGGUUGUCUUCUGAACUUGCUGCCAGACAGCAGGGAUUAUUUAAACUGCUCGGUGUUUACUUCAAUCUUUGACUCUAUCCUGGCGGGAAAAUCCUGUAAAGUUUGUACAAUUUGUCCUAAUUAUUCCCAUCGACACGUACCCGAACAGGAAGUGCUCAAAUGUCUGAAUGUCUCGAAUGGAAUACUUCCCCGAGUACACUUGGGUCUAGUGUACUCGGUUCCUGGGUGCAUCUCCGUCCUCCUCGUUUGGAUCAACUCACAUCGUUAGCUAUGGCUUGCUACUCAGGCUUAGUCCCGCCCCCUUUUUGAUACAUAGCCAAGACGGUGGCCAUUUGGGAUUUUUCCUAUUCAAUAAAGAACUGUCCG